AAUGAACAAUUCUCUGACAACAGAAUAUGGAAUGCAACAAUUGAGCAAUUCUAUAAAGAAAUGAGGCCAGAAGAAUUUCUUAUAAAACACUCACUGACCUCACAGAAACCCUCCCCCUUCGAUGACCUCCCCGUGGAAGCUGACCCCUAUGUUAUCGAUGCUGCAGUGAUACAAGGAGCAAAUACCCUAUUUCAUGGUGAGGCCAUACUUUUCGUCUUCUUGGUUGCUUGCCAGAUUUUUACUCUUGGUGAGAUCAGAGGCUGCAACUAUUUAGGUAAAAGUGUGAAAAGCUCAGUGAGAAAGGGGGAAUUAUCUAUUUCAAGGAAGAAAGUGUUGGAGGGUGUUAUGGCAACACAUUUCCCAAGCUUGGAUAAGGAGGAGAUUUGGAGGCUGUGCCGGGAGAUUGUGAACAGGAGGAUGAGAUACAUUUUCACAGAAUGCCUGGAUACCUUCCCAUGGUUCACCCUUCGGUAGACAUUCUUGCUAGUCUGGUCUCCAGGCAUAGGCAUAAUCAGAUAAAGGCUAAAAAAUCAGUCUGCCAGCAUUUUGAAAAUUGAAUGGUGUGAACACUUUGAUUGUAUCUAAAAUUAUCCAUUUUUUCAUUAAAUAGAUAGAGAAUGCCAAAUAUGCUGUACAAGGUGAUGUAAACAUAGUUACUAGAAAUCGGAUGUUGCAAAUUCUUGCCAAAAGAAAUUGAUCUUAUUAAGUUUAUUCUUGGUAAAUAUAAUAUUACAUGUACUAGUUCCUUCAAUGACAAUCGUAAGCAAACUUGUUCCUUAGAUGUGUACACUGUAGUACUAUCAAUCAAUACAUUGGAACCUUGAUUUCUGAUAUUUAGCAGUACAUGUAUAUAUUUUAUCUAUAAACAAGUUGAGAUUUAUUAAAGGUAAAUCCCUUACAUGUACAUUGUAGUUUAAAUUCAGUUUUGCUGAAUGUAAAAAUAGAAACAUUGAAAAAAUGAUAAUAAAAUAUGUUUUCAACAGUAAUUAAAUGUUGUUCAUUUAUUUUACAUGACUCUCAUCGCUUAAGAUUGUACAGUUCUA